UUUGUGCUGCUCUGCAAGGUUUAUGUUGUUCUUUCUUUUUUGUUCCUCCCCAGGACUAUGUCCAGGCACUGACGGGACUGUGUUAUGACGGAGUGGAAGGCGUCAUCUACCUGGUCUUCUUCUCCUUUGUCACUGCUCUCAUGUUCAGCUCAAUAGUGUGCAGUGUGCCCCACACCUGGCACAUCAAGAAGAGUGAGGAGGAAAGUGAGGAUGAGUCUCUGAGUCAUGGAGGAAGACAAAACCAUGAUAACCUCUACCGGGUCCACAUGCCCAGUCUGUACAGCUGUGGCAGCAGCUAUGGCAGCGAGACCAGCAUCCCCGCUGCCGCGCACACCGUCAGCAACGCGCCCGUCACAGAGUACAUGGCUCAGAACGCCAACUUUCAGAACUCCCGCUGUGAAAACACACCUCUGAUUGGACGAGAGUCUCCUCCCCCCUCUUACACUUCCAGCAUGCGGGCCAAGUAUCUGGCCAACAGCCGACCAGAUGCCAACAACUCUGCCGGGAGCGAGGCAGCGCGGGAAACGCCUCAUCCACAAUAGUGACGUCUGUGAAGUUUUCCAUCCGUGCAGUUCCCCCACCCCUACUUUUUUUUUUCCCUCUGUUUUCUUUCUUAAAGUCGGAGAACCAAACUUUACAAAAGCAAAACUUAAGAAUUGCCAUGAGCCAGUUAACGUUCAUCUCAUACAUCAGGAGUGCAACUAGUUUUUAUUUCCUUUUCUUUUUAGUGGACUCUUGAGUUUUGCAUAUUUUUUCAGUACAGUGAAUACAUGGUCGCCGCUGUAAAUGGACUCAGUUAUGUUGGAUAAUGAGCCGAUGGUCACGCCUUAUUCUUUCUGUCUCUUGAGUUUUCCAACUGUGCUCUCCCCGCUUUGUCUCCACCCUCCGAUGUAACAGGCUAAUUACAGUCUCAUAUCCAAUGAGGCAUAUCUGUGUUGAGCCAACGCUGAUUACUACUGGCUGUCGUUUUGUUCAUGUUUUAUAAAGUACUGUACUGCUCUCACUCUUCACUCUGGAACAAUGAGGAAAAAAAAUGUCUUACACCAUAAUCUCUCCCAGAACACAGUUGAAUGCAGUUGAGUUGAAAACCUCAGCCGACACUGUUUAUCUGGUUGAGUAGAUUAAUUUUCAUAAUUCCUCUGGCUUUUCUGCUUGCUGCCGCGGUUAACCGUUAAGAUUUAUUUUGUUUCUGAGAUAAAGUUGACAAGCACAGCAUGUCUUAAACCUCAUGUCAGUGAGCAUUUCUGCAGCGUUGCACGUCGUGCAGGUCUGGAAUCAAAAAUGUACGUUUCUUCUUGUGACACUGUUGUUUUAAGUGGCAUUUAUUAUUGUUGUUGUUAUUAUGAAUACGUUGAGCCACUACUCCACGUCAAUGACUGUAUCAGAUUUUGAAGCUGUGAACUCCGUCAAUGUUAUUGUGGCACAUCGUCUCAGAGGAUUUGAUGAGGAGAAACCGAUGAGCUGCUCUUUGGGGUCACAUCUGACGGGAGUCUCAGCAGGAUGACCAUGUUCAGCCUAACAUUUUAAAAAUUAUACUACUGUGAGCAGCAAUGUAUACAGUCAUAUGAAGGUGAGGAGGGAUUUUUUUUAUUAUUAUUAAAGAUCAGGUGCUGUGUCCUGUUUAUUUCUUACUGACAACGUCUUCGGCAAAUCCGGUGGGUUUGAGCAAGACAGUUUUCUUACUAACGUUCCCUGUGAGCUGAUUACUCCUGUCAUUUCCAACAUGGAUAAAUUCGUGCAUUUCACAAAAAAAAAAGGCACAGGCACUGCAGCAUUUAAAAAAUGUGUUUUAGCAUUUACUUCUUCGAAAACUAAAUGAAGCAGGUGAGAGUGGGCACUGAAGGAGUUGCAGUUGGGGUUUGUUUUUAUUCGUUGUGUUAAUUUUCCUGUUUAAGCAUGACUAUCCUUCAGACGUGCACUAAAGUGUUUAUCAUGCUGCUUCAGCUCGCUUCUCUGUGCCAAUGACUGAAGCAUAACCACUUUUAUUUUCUAUAUAUCUUUUAUUUUUUAUUAUUUUUGCUUAGAUCUGUCUGUAAACUUGACAGCUUUUGGUUGCUUGUGUAUUGGAAUGAGCCAGAUAUUUUCACAUAAUACUCAUUUAUGCUCCAUAAAAUGUAAUUACACUGAUGUAGUCUUUUUGUCAAGGCUGUUGAUCAGACUAUAAACAGUUAUAAAGAUAAAAAAAAAAAUCUCUUGAAACGUGAUUUGUGUGUAGGGUUUUGAAUGAAAGGUUUUGUUUUUUUUUUAAAUCACUGUAGAUUGAAACUUUUUUUAUUCAAAAAUUUUUCCUAUUUCGAAACUGUUCAUGUCAGACCUGUGAUUAUAUUGAGCUUGAAUGCUGUGUUUCAAAAUAAAAAAUUGAACA